GGCCGGCGCGUCUUAGAUCCCAAGGCUCCUACGUUCCUCUGUCGCCGCCCCGGCUUCCUCGAGUCCCGCUUCUAGGGUCAUUUUCUGAGGACUCAGACCUCCCCCACACUGGAAACCCAGAAGAAAAUAGUGUGACCACUGUGCUGCUCACCCCUGUACCCCAGGAGUCACUGAUGAUCAGGGAUAUGGCCGAGGCUCUCACCCAGUGGGGGCCGCUAAACCCUGCUCAGGGAGAUGUGCCUGAGAAGCAUAGGAACCUGGUCUUGCUGGGGCUUCCGAUUUCUAAGCCUGAUGUAAUCUCUCAGAUGGGGUGUGAGGAGAAGCUGGAAAGAGAAGCCUCAAAAGCCACUAGUCCAGACUGGGAGACAACACCAGAAAGCAAGGAGCUAACUCCAGAGCAGGAUGUUUCUGAAGAGGAGUCAACUCCUGGUGUGUUAAUAGAAAGAGUUACAAAGGAAGAUGACAGUGGAUGUGAGGAUUCUUUAGAGAGUCAGCAGGAAAACCAUGAGAAACAUUUAAUACAAGAAGUUGUCACUCAGAAGAAAUCUGGGGAAAGACAUUACCAAUGUAGUGAAUUUGGAAGAAAUUUUGGUCGGAGGUCAUUACUUGUUCAACAGCAAGGAAAAAAACUACGUAAUUGUGAUUCGUUUAAAAAGAACCUAAAGCAAAAUUCAGAUCUCAUGAGGCAUGAGAGAAUUUGUGCAGGAAAGAAACCCUGGAAGUGUAACGAAUGUGAGAAAGCCUUUAGUUACUACUCAGCUUUUGUCUUGCAUCAGAGAAUUCACACAGGAGAAAAACCCUACGAAUGUAGUGAGUGUGGUAAAGCCUUUAGCCAGAGCAUACACCUUACUCUCCACCAGAGAAUUCAUACCGGAGAGAAGCCCUACAAAUGUCAUGAAUGUGGGAAAGCCUUUAGUCACCGCUCAGCCCUUAUUCGGCAUCACAUAAUUCACACUGGAGAGAAACCCUAUGAGUGCAAUGAAUGUGGGAAGGCCUUUAAUCAGAGCUCAUACCUCACUCAACAUCAGCGAAUUCACACUGGAGAGAAACCUUACGAGUGCAAUGAAUGUGGGAAGGCCUUCAGCCAAAGUACAUUUCUUACCCAGCAUCAGGUCAUUCACACUGGGGAGAAACCCUAUAAGUGUAAUGAAUGUGGGAAAGCUUUUAGUGAUCGUUCAGGCCUCAUCCAGCACCAGAGAACUCAUACUGGGGAGAGACCUUAUGAGUGUAGUGAAUGUGGGAAAGCCUUUGGCUACUGUUCAGCCCUCACUCAACAUCAGAGAACUCACACGGGGGAGAAACCCUAUAAAUGCAACGAUUGUGCCAAAGCCUUCAGUGACCGCUCAGCUCUUAUCCGUCAUCAGAGGACACACACUGGAGAAAAACCUUACAAGUGUAAUGACUGUGGGAAAGCCUUCAGCCAGAGCUCAUCUCUCACAAAGCACCAGAAAACUCAUACCGGAGAAAAACCUUAUAAGUGUAAGGAAUGUGGAAAAGCCUUCAGCCAGAGUUCAUCCCUUUCUCAACAUCAGAAAACUCAUGCUGGAGGGAAAACCAAGGAAUAUGGACAAACCUUUACUGAACAUUGAGCCUUUGGUCAGCAAAAGAGAAUUCAUACUGGAUAAAAACUGUAAAAUUUUUCCUGGGUGUGAGUAAUAAUGGAGUACUUAUUUCAAGCAACAAUUCCUGAGCAGAAAAUUUUUUACUGAGAUAGCUAUUCAGAAGAUUACUCGCACCCAGGAAAAAAUGAGACAUGUGAGUUAGUAAGUUGGAAAGUUCCCAUGAAGGUAGCUUCUCCUGAAGCCAGAGAAUGCUGGCCUGGCAGUUCGUGCCUGCACUUUAUGUCUUUUAGACCUUGCUUAUUGAGACAUCUACUGAGAAUCACGUUAACUCCCAGGGUCAGAUCUGUAGCCUAGAAAAAG